ACUUUUCAUGGUGACGCAGAGCCGGAAUGGCGGCGCCUUUGUUCAGAAUGUUACGACAGGUGUCUCGUUCACAUGCUGCUGUGAGACUCUUGUGCUCGCGUGCAGCGAGUGCAGAAACUGCAGUUCAUCAGGACGCAAUCAGAGCGGCGACGUUUCCUCCGCUGCAGAGUUACUCUGAGGAAGAGACUAUGAUGAGAGACGCAGUGAAGAAAUUCGCUCAGGAACGCAUCGCUCCGUUUGUGUCAAAGAUGGAUGAGAACUCUGCGAUGGACGCAGAAGUGAUCCGGUCUCUGUUUGAGCAGGGAUUGAUGGGGAUCGAGAUCGGAGCAGAAUACGGAGGAACCGGUUCCACGUUCUUCUCUUCCAUCCUGGUGAUCGAGGAGCUGGCGAAGGUGGACCCGUCUGUGUCCGUUCUGUGUGACAUUCAGAACACCCUGAUAAACACCCUACUGAUCAAGCUGGGCACAGACGAGCAGAAAGAGCGAUACCUCACCCGCCUCGCCAGCGAUAUGAUCGGCAGUUUCUGUUUGUCAGAGGCGGAGUCGGGCAGCGAUGCAUUCUCUCUGAAGACCAAAGCAGAGAAACAGAAAGAUUAUUACAUCAUCAACGGCUCCAAGAUGUGGAUCAGUAACGCAGAACACGCUGGAGUGUUUCUGGUCAUGGCAAACGCAGAUCCCGCUGCUGGUUACAGGGGCAUCAGCUGCUUCCUUGUGGACAGAGACACUGAUGGGCUUCAUAUCGGGAAGAAGGAAAAUAAAUUGGGUCUGCGAGCGUCAUCCACAUGCCCUCUGACCUUUGACAACGUGAAGGUCCAUGAGAAGAACAUUCUGGGGAAAAUCGGUCACGGUUAUAAAUACGCCAUCGGAAUGCUGAAUGAGGGCCGGAUCGGUAUCGCUGCACAGAUGCUCGGUUUGGCUCAAGGCUGUUUCGAUCACACAGUUCCGUACACCAGACAGAGGAUUCAGUUCGGCAAACGAAUCUUUGACUUCCAGGGAAUGCAGCAUCAGAUCGCUCAUGUGGCCACUCAGCUGGAAGCCGCCAGACUGUUGACCUAUAACGCGGCUCGUUUGAAGGAGGCGGGACGUCCGUUCAUCAAAGAGGCCUGUAUGGCCAAAUAUUUCGCCGCUGAGGUUGCGUCUCUGACCACGUCAAAAUGCAUCGAGUGGAUGGGCGGCGUGGGCUUCACUAAAGACUAUCCCAUCGAGAAAUAUUACCGAGACUGUAAAAUAGGAACGAUUUAUGAGGGAACGACAAACAUUCAGCUGAGCACCAUGGCAAAGUUUAUUGAUCAAGAAUAUGACGGAUAAAUCCAACAUGAAGCAUCUGUGUGUGAAAUACAGUCGACAAGUUCAUAAAACUACAAAUAUAUAUAAACUAUAUGAGAGAUUUGAUGUAUUUAAAUGUUUUCUGAACACAAGAAUGUUCCUGAAUCUAAACACUCCUCUAAACCUGAAACUAAAUGAAUUAUUGAAUGAAGUUGGUGGAGAUUCAUGUGUUGAUCACUUUCACCUUUCAGAACUCUUGAGCUGUAUCUAGAAAUGAUCAUUCCUGUAGUUAUUAUUUUUUAAGGAAUCCCAACUGAAGGUUAGCACAAGGUUGAGCUCUUACUAAACGAAUUUCCACUCUUGUAGAAAUCACACACGACUCAUAAUGAUGGAAAGAUGAUCGUUUUGUGUUUUACUCUUUAAUAUAUUUGCUCUGGUCAAAACUGUUACAUAGAAGCCCAUAAUGGUGCAUGAAAUAAUCAUUAAACUUGAUUUAUAAUCAUAUUAAAAUGUUGUUGUUUGAGCUGGUGCCUUAUUGAUAAUUGAGAUUUCUUUGAAAUGAAUAAGAACAUGUGUGUGUGUGUGUGUGUGUGUGUGUGUGUGUGUGUGUGUGUGUGAAAGUGAUGGACUCUUUUAUCUCAGUCGUGUGUUUCAUGUUUGUUUGUUUCUAAAGCUGAGAUUAAUUUAAAUAAACAUGAGCAAACA